CUAAAAUGUCUACAAAAUACCAUAAAAAUUGCACGAAAGACCCAAAUGAACUCGAAGAUCCAACCCGAAAACAACCCGAUGAACAACUAACCCGAAAAUUGAAGCCAUUAACUACAAAACCUUUAUGCGAUUGCAGCAGUUGCACCUGUAAAGAUUGUCCAGAUGUGUUAAAAACCUUUUCUAUUAAUGUUACUGAAGAUUCCUGCGAUUUUGGUACGAAAAAAGUUGAGCAAAUUGACGAGAGCUCACAUGAAGUGUCCAUAAAAGACUGCCAAAGUUUGCUAGACGUGUUAAAUAACACCCGAAACUGUACAUGUGAAAUAAUUGCCAAAGUAGUGCGAUCAAAUGUUUAUAUACACAGGGGAAAACAUAAAGUUUCUGAUAUCAUAGAUGAAACCAACGUAGCAAACGUAUCGAUUAAACCAGAGGAAUAAAAUUCAAAAUACACUGAAGCAAUUUUUAUUUGAAUUAACAAAUACAUACAAUAAGUCA